CGGAGGCAGAGGUCACAUAUUCUACAGCAGAACGAAGCAGCGCGAGGGACGGCGAUAGACAAGGAAGAAUCGUCGGAGCGAGCGAAUUAAGAAGAUGAUAAUUCCAGUCCGUUGUUUCACUUGCGGCAAGGUAAUUGGGCACAAAUGGGACACUUACCUUGAUCUUCUUCAAGCUGAUUACACUGAAGGGGAUGCACUUGAUGCAUUGGGGUUGGUCCGUUAUUGUUGCAGACGGAUGCUCAUGACCCAUGUUGACCUCAUUGAGAAGCUUCUGAACUACAAUACUGACGAUUUACCCUUCGUUGCUGCAGCUCUGGAGAAAAGCGAGGGCACUUAAAGUCGGAACAUGAGCAGUUUUGCAACAGCGUAGAAGUUAGAAGGCUAAAAUGAAUGGACGAUGGUGGAGACAUGAGCAUUUGGUGAAGUGUGUUUGUGAAUUGGGGUCGCCUGUGUUUGUGAAUGGACUAAAAUCUGUCAGUUAAUGUUGAGAUGAUUGUAUCAUGAAGACUGAUAUGCUUCAAAUCUAGCAGGGUUGCCUAAUAUGUCGAACUGGUAUGCCUUUGCGGCUUUGCCUACUAAGGGAGGUGACGUUUACUCGACUGCCGACGUUUACAACCUAACUUCUCGAAACGUCGCCGUUAGUUGCCGAUCUCUGAUCUACUAGACUACUACCGAACCCGGCCACCAGCUGUUAUUGACCCUGAAUCUGAAAGGGAAAGCAAAAACAACAACCCAUUGCGUUGCCACGAGUCUCUCUCUGGCUGAGCGGUGGCCCGACACGACCCAGUUUUGGAUUUGUAGAUCCGAAUCCCCAGACAGACUAUUGCAAGCAAUCAAUCUUCUGUAACUUCCUCAUAUCAUAUAAUCACCCCUAUUUCCCGCAUCUAUCUCUCUCUAGAAAGCUCGUUUCUUUUUCUUUCUUCAACGGCAACUGAACACAGAAGAACCCUAGUCAACAACAACCGACGCUGAACUCUUCCAGUCAAACUCGCUAAACGCCUCUCUCUUUCUUACUAUCCUUCCUGAACGGUUCGCUAUCGCUACCCAAUUGGGUUUUCCGCCGCUCGCAAUUGUUGUCGUGACGAAACAGUAGAACGAAGUAAAAAGGAGGAGUUUUCUCCCCCCACGGGUUUGGGGUUAUAGGAGAUUUGGUUUGGGUGGUGAACAGAGAUAUGAAGAAGAUGGAGGGGACGAAAGGGUAUGCUGUUAAUGGUGGGGAAAAAAGCAAUGGGAGCUCUAGCAAUGGUAUUCGUAGGCUGCCUGCUCCCAGCCUCCCUCCACCUCCGCCGCCGUCGUACCGGCAGUGUUUCGCCAAUGCUGGUGUGCCUGUGUCUUGUAAGCGGACUCUGGUUCGCCAUCCGUCUCUUGUGAAGACAUCUGCCUUUGAAAUCUCUUUGCAAUCUGAAGUGAGUAUAAGGACUCACGGUCCUGAUUACAUCCCCAUUGUCCGAUCAGGAGCCUUUUCGGAUAUUGGCUUUCGCCCCAGAAUGGAGGAUGUCUAUACUUGUAUUGAUGAUUUCACAAUUGAUUAUGGUCUCGGACAUGAUACUGAUGGGCCUAAUGCCUUGUAUGGGGUGUUUGAUGGUCAUGGAGGGAAACAUGCUGCAGAUUUUGCAUGCCACCAUUUGCCGAGAUUCAUAAUUGAGGAUGAAGACUUUCCAAGAGAUCUAGAAAGGGUCAUUGCAUCUGCUUUUCAGCAGACUGAUAGUGCCUUUGCAGAGGCAUGCUUGCUUGAUGCUGGUCUUGCUUCUGGCACUACUGCAUUGGUUGCUCUUGUUAUGGGAAGGUUAUUGGUGGUGGCAAAUGCUGGAGACUGCCGGGCAGUGCUUUCUCGGCGUGGCAAAGCAGUUGAGAUGUCUCGGGAUCACAAGCCAGGUUGCGCCAGAGAACAAAAACGCAUAGAGGCAUCUGGCGGAUCUGUUUAUGACGGCUACCUAAAUGGACAGCUCAAUGUUGCUCGGGCAAUAGGAGAUUGGCACAUGGAAGGGCUGAAAGCCCAGGAAGGCGGCCCGCUUAGUGCCGAGCCUGAGCUAAUAACCACAGACCUGACAGAAGACGAUGAAUUCCUCAUCAUAGGAUGUGAUGGAAUAUGGGACGUGUUCAGGAGCCAAAAUGCAGUAGACUUCGCCAGGCGGAGGCUUCUGGAGCACAAUGAUCCCGUCUUGUGCAGCAAAGAUCUGGUUGAUGAAGCCCUAAAGAGGAAGAGUGGAGACAAUCUAUCUGCAGUUGUUGUUUGCUUUCAGUCUGGGCCUCCCCCGAACUUGGUUGCCCCACGGUCUAGGGUGCAGAGGAGCUUCUCUGCCGAGGGCUUGAGGGAGCUGCAGAGUUUCUUGGAUGACUUGGCUAGUUGAGACGGUGGUCAUGGCUACUGGUUCCCGCGAUUCCAAUUUUCCCAGAAGAGUCCACUAAUUUGAAUUUAUUAGGCGUAGUUCUAGAUAUUGAUGAGUCACUCCCAACUGUAACAUAUGCGGCUGCAAGAAGAUGUUGAAUAACAGAACAAGCAAAAAGGAGAAGUGAGAUCGAAGUGUAGGCCUUGAUGGAGACUGCGAACAUGAAGCCAAAAAGGAAAGAAAUUCCCACAAGAACUAUGGCAACUACCCCAACGAAAUCAUGUCUAAAGCCGAAGUAGUCUC